AUGGCGAUGGAGAAGGCGGACGGCAAGGAGCGGGAGAAGAUCGAGGCCGUGCUUAAGGCCAUGCGCAAGCAGGCGCCGCUCACCGCCAAGCAGGCGCAGUACUGCAACGACGCGUGCGUGGAGCGGUUCCUCCGGUCGCGCGGGGACAGCGUGAAGAAGGCGGCGAAGCAGCUGCGGGCCGCGCUGUCCUGGCGGGAGACCAUCGGAGCAGAUCACAUCAUCGCGGACGAGUUCUCCGGCGAGCUGGCCGACGGCAUGGCGUACGUCGCUGGGCACGACGACGAGAACCGGCCCGUCGUGGUGUUUCGGAUCAAGCAGGACGACUACCCCAAGUACCAGCCUCAGAAAUCGUUCGUGCGGUUCCUGGUGUUCACGCUGGAGGUAGCGGUGGCGUCCAUGAGCCGCUUCGUGGACCAGUUCGUCCUCCUCUUCGACGCAAGCUUUUUCCGGUCGGCGUCGGCCUUCCUCAACCUGCUCAUGGGCACGCUCAAGAUCGUCGCCGACUACUACCCCGCCCGCCUCCACCGCGCAUUCGUCAUCGACCCGCCAUCCCUCUUCUCCGUCAUGUGGAAGGGAGUGCGGCCGUUCGUGGAGCUCGCGCCGGCCACGGCGGUGGUGUGCUCGCUGGACUUCGAGGACUCGCUGGAGGACGCCUCCUUCACCGCCUACCCGCGGACGGCGUCCCUCCGCUUCGAGCCGUCGGGCGCGGCCAUCCUCACCACCAUGCCGAAGCCGGGCGGCGGCGGCGGGGUCGUGGGCUCCGCCUCCUCGCGCUUCGCCUUCAGCGUCUCCGACAACGCGCUCAAGCCGUGGUACCUCUCCACCACGCCAGCAGCACCCACGCCCAACCCGCGCUCCGUCAUCCCCUCCUCCAGCCCGUCCCUCGUCGGCGCGUCCCCGCUCUCCGCGCGCUCCUUCUCCUUCGCGUCGCCCGCCGCGCGCUCCACCACCCCCGUCCAGCACCACCGCGUGCUGCCGACGCCGUCCACCGCCAAGGGACACAACAAGACCCCCGCUCCGGCUCCCCUGUCCACGCCGCCGCAGCAGCAGCAGUUCCCGAGGACGCCGCGCCCGUCCUUCCUGCAGUCGCCCUUCACGUUCCGCAAGGACGGACAGGGCGUCCGCCGCGUCGAGCGGGAGCGCGACUCCUUCCUGCCCUUCCUCCGCUUCUACCGCCGCCCCUACGACGAGAUCUCCUACCGCGCCAGGAUGCGCCCGCCGCUCGGCGGCCUCAUCGCCAUCGUCGACGACAAGUUCAGGCACAAGCCGGCUCAGCAUCCGCAGCAGCAGCCGCGCCGGCACGCCGCGGUGCUCCACCACCAUCACCAGUACCAGCAGCAGCACCACCACCAUCACAACCACCACCACCAGAGGAUCUGA